AUGGAUCCGCACGGUUCCUGGGAGAUGCUCCCGGUCCUCUGCUCGCUCCUGGCUCUGCUCCUGCUGCUGCCACCUCCUCCUGCUCGGGCUCUGCCAUCCCCCUCCCAGCAUCUUCCCCUCCGGGAGCUGGACCGGUUCCGAGGGCUGAACCGGUCCCUGGAGCUGCUGGAGGCUGUGAACACUUCAGCCCAGAGACUGCAGGAGCUGGGCACGCUGGGCUUUGAAUGCAUCCUUGAAGAGGUGGAUAUGGAAGACAUCACUAGGAACCAGCUCAACACAAUAAAAGCUUGCACAUCAGAGGACCCAGGGGCUGGAAACUGCCCAGUGCUGGAAAAAUCUACUUUGGAUCUGAGUAAAUGCCUGCAGGGCAUCUCCCAGGACCUGAGUGCCUACAGGGCAAAGCUGGAGAACUCAGGUGAUCAGAAGAUGCUGGCAGCUAUUGAUGAACUGAUGACAGGAUGGGUGGGCACAGGGCUCACCCUCUCCUUCAGGGAGCAGCUGAAGCUCUGCAGUAUCCUCCACGCCUUCCGCAUCCGCGUCCUCACCAUCAGCAGGGUGAUGAGUUACCUCAGCUGA